AUGCUGCCACAUGUAAAUUUUAAUGACAAGGAAAGCCAGGUGCAGCAAUACCGGCUACAUGGGAAGCUGAGGCAGGAAGAUUGUUACACAGGCACAUCCAGCUCACAGAAUAACUGGAUUGGCCAGAACCAAAAUGCAAAUCUACCUAUGGAGGAUGUUGUUAAAAGCAUGAGCUAUGAAGAGACCCUAAGUUCAGUUCUACAAUUUUUAGCUCAAGAUGCACAGUAUAUGGACUGCCUGCAACAUCUCCAAGGCACAAAGACACUUGGAAAAGAUUUUCUAAAUCACUCUGAUACUUCUCAACAUUCAGAUCUUGUUACACACAAAGAACCAGCUAUGCCAUGGAACCAAAGUCCAGAGCUAUCACACAGGAAUCCGAAUGAAGAUGAAGGAAAGGGAGAACAGAACUGGAGAGAAGAAGAAGCAAAAGAGGGAGAGAGAGAAGAAGAGGAAGAGGAAAUGCAGCUAGACGACGACCUGAAAAACGAAGAGAAAAGGGAAGAUGAGGAGCUGUGUCCCAAGAAAAGAUCAGUCAGCAAAUCCCUCAUGGACACUCUUUGGGCAAAGUUUAAAUUAAAUGCCUACCCCACAGUACAAGAUAGUUUCUCACUCUCAUUUGAAUUUAGCAUGACAGAUAAACAGAUACAACAAUGGUUUUGUAAAAUGAGGAAGAAAUACCAGAAAGAAAUGUCUAAGCAAAGGCACAGCAAAAGACUCAAGAAAUAA